CAUGCGUACGCGCACAGGAGGCCAUGUUGUUGUAGUUCGCUGGGACUGGACCGUCAUAUCCCACCGCUACUGUAUGUCUCAGCAAUCAUCGCCCCCCCUCCCGUUUAUGACAUCGGGACCUCGUAAAUAAACCGGUGGGAGCAAACGGCGAACGAUGAAUUUAAGUUUGGAUCUGUCGCGGAGGAACCCCCAGGAGGACUUUGAGCUGAUCCAGAGGAUCGGGAGCGGAACGUAUGGAGAUGUCUACAAGGCUCGUAAUGUCAGCACUGGAGAACUUGCUGCUAUCAAAGUCAUCAAACUAGAACCAGGAGAAGACUUUGACGUGGUGCAGCAGGAGAUUAUUAUGAUGAAAGAUUGUAAACACUCAAACAUUGUGGCAUACUUUGGCAGUUACCUCAGGAGAGAUAAAUUAUGGAUCAGUAUGGAAUACUGUGGCGGCGGUUCACUCCAGGAUAUUUACCAUGUUACCGGGCCCUUGUCAGAAUCCCAGAUUGCAUAUAUGUGCCGGGAAACACUGCAGGGUGUUUACUAUCUCCAUAACAAAGGCAAGAUCCACAGAGACAUAAAGGGAGCAAAUAUUCUGCUAACAGACAAUGGCUAUGUUAAGCUAGCGGAUUUUGGGGUUUCGGCUCAAAUAUCAGCCACUUUAGCAAAAAGAAAGUCCUUCAUUGGAACUCCAUAUUGGAUGGCACCUGAGGUGGCAGCCGUGGAGAGGAAAGGGGGCUACAAUCAGCUCUGUGAUAUUUGGGCUGUGGGCAUCACGGCUAUUGAGCUAGCAGAACUGGAGCCGCCAAUGUUCGAUUUACACCCCAUGAGAGCACUCUUCCUAAUGACUAAGAGCAACUUCCAGCCACCCAAAAUGAAAGAUAAAGUCAAGUGGACAAAUAAUUUUCAUCACUUUGUGAAAAUGGCUUUGACUAAAAAUCCCAAGAAGAGACCCACCGCUGACAGGUUACUGCAGCACCCAUUUGUUACUCAACCACUUAGCCGCACCCUUGCCAUUGAGCUACUGGACAAAGCCAACAACCCUGACCACAGCACACACAGUGAUGCAGAAGAGGAUGACAUUGACCCAGAGUCUCCUGUCUCGGUUCCGCAUCGAAUCCGCUCGACCAGCAGGAGCUCACGAGAUGGAAAGACUCUGUCUGAGAUAAACUUUGAUAAGGUGAAGUUUGACCCGCCUCUGAGGAAGGAGACGGAAGCACAUCAUGAGAUGGAUCUGCAGUUAGAGCCCCAGAGCAUUUUGGGAAAUAACAAGAGUCUAUUAAAAUCUGUUGCUGAGGAACUUAAUCAAAGGGGUCAUGUGACACAUUUAGAGGAUGAGGAGGAGGAUGAAGGUGAUGAUGAUUUGCACUGUAACUCCACAUCAACCAUGAGGCCUAAAGUACCGCCCCCUCUACCACCCAAGCCGAAGUGUCUAUCACCCACUCAGAGCAGUGCAGCUUUAGAGGACAGUAGUGGAGAGGGAACUAUCAAGCGUUGUCCACCUUCUGCGAGCUCCACCCCUCCUGCUCGCCCGUCUUCCUGUGUGCCCCCCAGACCACCACCUCCUCGUCUGCCUCCACAUAGGCGUGGUAGUCUAGGCAAUGGAGUGACUGUCCCAGAGAAUGGAGAGAGAGAAAGGCUGGCUUCACUUCCUGCAUCCAGUUUACAGAAACCUCUCAGUAAUGGUCUGCCACCAACCCCUAAAGUACAUAUGGGAGCUUGUUUCUCUAAGGUGUUUAAUGGCUGUCCACUGAAGAUACACUGUGCCUGCUCCUGGAUAAACCCAAACACCAGGGAUCAGUAUCUGAUUUUUGGAGGGGAGGAAGGAAUUUAUACCCUAAAUCUGAAUGAAAUCCACGAGAGCAGUAUGGAACAGCUGGUUUCACGCAGGUGCACAUGGGUGUAUGUAAUGAACAACUGGCUGCUCUCUAUAUCAGGUAAAGCAUCCCAGCUAUACUCGUACAACCUGACGGGUCUGUUUGAGCAGGCUCGGCAGAUGCAAAAUUUACCCGUCGCCAUACCAACGCAUAAACUCCCAGACAAAAUCAUCCCUCGGAAGUUUACUGUGUCCAAUAAAAUACCAGAUACAAGGGGGUGUCAGAAAUGCUGUGUUGUGCGAAACCCAUACACAGGUCAUAAAUACUUAUGUGGAGCUUUCCAGUCUAGCGUAAUGCUGUUUGAAUGGGUGGAGGCCAUGCAACGGUUUAUGUUAAUAAAGAGUGUAGACCUCACCCUGCCAUGUCCAUUAGAAGUCUUUGAGAUGUUAGUGGUUCCAGAGCAGCAUUACCCGUUGUUGUGUGUGGCAGUCAGUAAAGGAAGUCACCCUGAUCAGGUGGUGACGUUCGGCACUGUCGAUCCCAACGCUGCCAACCCUACUUUCACAGAGCCGGAAACACCUCAGACGUGUGUGAUUCAUGUGACUCAGCUGGAGAGAGACACUGUUCUUGUUUGUCUUGAUCGGUGCAUCAAACUGGUGAAUUUGCAGGGCAGACUAAAAUCCAACAGGAAGUUGUCGACUGAACUCACUUUUAACUUCCAGAUUGAAUCAAUAGUGUGUCUGCAGGACAGUGUUUUGGCGUUCUGGAAGCACGGAAUGCAGGGACGAAGCUUUAAAAACAGUGAGAUUACUCAGGAGAUUUCUGAACAUACACGAACCUACAGGCUGCUGGGUUCAGACAGAGUGGUGGUGUUGGAAAGCAAACCGACAGAUGACCCGACGGCCCAAAGUAAUCUGUACAUCCUCGCGGGCCAUGAGAACAGCUUCUGACAACGCAGGCACUACUGGCAACACACUGCUUUAACACACACUACAUGAUGCACACUACAAAGUACAUGUUACUGAGACAUACACCUCACGUUCAUUUGUAAAGCUACUGAACAUAAGACAAUAUAACUAAACACUACAGAUACUGUUCAAUGGAUAAACAUUUCAAACACUAUAGAUUAAGCUUGGCUUAAAACCAAAAUUUUGGCUUUGGUACCAGCCCCUGGUAACUCAGUAUUGAUACUAAAUUGAUACCAUAUGCUUGAUGGAUUUGCAUAUUCUACAUUUACUAAGCUAAUCAUUUAGAUGUACAUGAAAUCUUGUCACGUAUGGGCAAAUAAAUCCUAUCUUCAAAUCUAGCAGGGUGAUAAAAUAAACAGAUAACUAUUAGAAGAAGACAUUUAACUUCAUUUGCUCAAUGGAUAGAAAUACAUUUGAAUGACACUGUAAGCCAAAUUUAUAAGCUUACCUAAUUUGCUCAUUGUCGGCUUUGGUUAUGUUGCAAGCAUUUGCUUAUGAAGUGUGUCCCUGCUUGUGAAAACCCAGUCAUUUUUUAUGAUUUACUGUUUUCUACAUUAAAUCAUCCUACACAGUAAAGUACAUUCUGUGAAAAUAUAACAUUGAUAUCUUUAAUAUUGACUGAGUAAGGCCAUGUCAAAGAUUGAAAUCAUAGUGAAAUUAAUGUUUGAUAUCAAACGUUGAUGCUUGAAAUAUGAUAAAUCGAUUUUGAGACUUAAGCUUGGUUUUCACAUGCAGGGUCACAAAUUUCAAGCAGGAGGUACCAAAAUUACCAAAGUGUUGGUAUUGUACCAUUUUGUACCAAUUUGGUACUUUGUCAUUUUCCAUACAAGCUUCCAGAUAUAUUUUAAUACACUACAGAAACAAUUUAAUACACCGAACUAGUGCACCAGAAUAUCCGAAACCAUAAUGCAAAAUACUACACACAUUCACAACAGUUGUCUAAAAAUCUAAACAUAUAGCAUGAAUUGCAAAUGUAAGACCAUCUUGUUAUCUUCCUAUCCGUCAGUACUGCAGUAAGAAAAGCUUCUCUCUGUGUCAUACUAAUAACUUUAAAUCUAAUCAUCUCACCAUCCUUUUCUCUUUUGGCCUCUCUCUUUCUCCUAAAGCAAGUCAGUGAUCCGAUUUUCCCACCAGCUGCACAUUUUCUUAACAGCACAAGAACAGAUAGUGGUGCUUUGGGGCAGCUGUUUUUAUCGGCUCUUUCCUAAACGGUAUACUUGAUUGUCAUCGCCUAGAUGUGUCUGUGAAGUCCAUUUAGGACAGAGCCAUGAAUUACAAAUACAAAGGAUUCUAUUUGAAACUCCUACAGUUCAGCUAAUGUAGCUACUUUCACUCUAGUUGUUUAAUAUGAGUCGUUUUCUGUGAUGGCUUGACUACAGUCUCCAGAAACUAGGUAGCUAUCUUAUCCUGUCUUUAUGCUGCCUCUCAUGUAAUUCAAACUGAGGAACACAGAUGCGUUUGUAUUGACCUUCACAUUGUUGCACUGAUCUGCCGCAGUCUUGGUAGAUUUCACAUCGAUGGAUUUAACGGGACAGUUCACCCAAAAAUAAAAAUUCUGUCAUAGUUUACUCACCCUCAGGUUGUUCCAAGUCUGUAUAAAUUUCUUUGUUCUGGUGAACAUGGAGAAAGUUAUUUGGAAGAAUGCUUGUAACCAAACAGUUCUUGGCCACCAUUGACUACCAUAGUAGGAAAAAUGAAAAUGGUAGUCAAAAGUUCAGCAGAACUGUUUGCUUUCCUACAUUCUUCAAAUUAUCUUCUUUUGUGUUAACAGAAUUUAUUUUUUGUCUGUUGUGGCCAAGAACUGUUUGGUUACAAGCAUUUUUCCAAAUAUCUUUCUCUGUGUUCACCAUAACAAAGACGUUUAUACAGUUUAGGAACAAUUUGAGGGUGAAUGAUGACAGAAUUUUUAAAGGAACUGUUCCUUUAAGUGCAGGCAACUAAAUCUCAACUUUGAAACAAAAACUAUUCAGAACAUGUAACAGUAUCUAAUCAUGUUCCUCACCACCUUACAAAACAAGUACUAUGGUAAUAUCAUGGUAACAGUGUCAGAAAUUCACUUUGCAUUAUGGGCAAUUAACUCUGCCCUUUGGAUUUGACUUUGAGAGGUAUUUCCAGCUGCAUGAGGUCACUUUUUCCAAACCAAUAUAAAUAUAGUGUCGUAAUUUCAUGUCCAAUGCUUUGGUUUAGCAAUCAGUCAAACCUUUUAAUUUAUUACUCACAUUAUUUUAUGCACAUUGUAUUCUUUUAUUUUACUGUAAAACUAGACCUAAUAGAUUAAUCAGAUUUGUCAAUGCGUAAUGAAAAUGAAACUAAGUAAUUUCUGACCCUGCAUGGGACAGUGAUGGUAUCAGAUGGUAAUACCUUGGUACUGAAUUAUUACCAUAUUCAUAUACCAUGGUCUUAACAAGGUUCUCUAAAGUACCUCAAACAAAUCAUCCUGUUUGACCUUGGUGCAUGUUUUAAAAUGAAUGGAAUUAUCAUGGUGUAUGUUCAGAAAUUAAUUGGAGUAUGCUAAUAUGAUUGUCCCUUUUUGUAAGUGUUGGAACAAAUCCUGUCUAAAACUGUAAUCUGUGAAACAGCUUUAUGUUUAGUCUUUUGUCUUGUGACCCACUCUUUAAUAGAAAUGGAACAAUUGUAGAGACCAGAAAGAUUGUUUAUUUUAAUAUUUAUGCAGAAAAGCCAAGUUUAUGUUACCAAGCACUGUUAUUGAAGGUUUGCACAAUGUUUUCUCAGAUGCGCAUGUGCUCUGUGUGUGUGUGUGUUAAUCAGUGAGUGCACACUUCUGCUCUGUUUAUGAUGGGGUAUCACAAAUAGAUAUCUGUAAUGCAGACAAACGCUAUUUAUCAGGCAUUCUGUAAAUUUGAUAAAACACAACACAGUGUGACAUGAAUGCAGUAUAUGUAAAUAUGAAAGUGGAGGAGUUUUUAGAAUGUAGCUGUCUGUUAAGAUUCAUAGCACUUCAUCAGUUUGUACAAUGUAUCUAUGUACUAGAUGUUUCUUCCCAAUAACAAAAUCAUGUUUUUUUUAGCUGAAUGGGCAAAUUAAGCAUGUCGUCUCUACCUCUAACAUGCCUUCAUACAGCUUAGAUUGGAUAAUGCUCUACUGGACAUUUUUAAACUUUGGUCACUGGUAAAUGUGUGUGUUACAGCUUUUGAUAUCCGGACAUUUGUCAAACCCGGAUAAAACCAUGUCUGAGCCUCAUCUACAGUAACAUACGGUGGCUGCUAGGUGUCACAGCUCUGCAACGGAAGAAAACACAUGCAAAUAGAAAAAACACCAGCAAAUUCAGAAAGCAUCUUCAUUAGUUUGGCAACACAUGCCCUGCAAAUUCUCGCAAAACAAACACACACAGAAACACGCUGCAAAUUCUCGCAACAAACAAAUACAGAAAAGUGUCACAGGCGACAACAGAACUAGAAAUGUAGUUAAGGUUACGCACUCCCACUGGAGUUUCCUAUUAUGGGCAUUUCGGUAAAAGUCUUCUUUAUAAAAGAAAAAAAAUCCUACGCAAUAUAUACAUCUGUUUGAGGGAAACUUCAAAAACUGAUGCACCUGGCUGGAACGGGCAUCAUUUUACCAAAGACACUAGAUGGAAAGCUUACAACCUUUAGCCAAAAAAGCGUAACGGCUCAUGUUAA